GCUUAGUACCCACCUCCACUUCUCAUCCAGAUUAUUAAAACGACACCAACCAUUGGUGUUUCGUCGCACACGAAACUUGCAGGAGGACAGAGAGCACCUGACUCUGGGACCCUCUCACUCUUAAUUUGAUGGGACCAAAGGCAGAAAAUUAAGCUGCUUAGAUACCUAAGCACAAAAACUGGGUGGGGAAAUGCAGCACAACCGGCAAUACCAACUUUUCUGUUAUUUGUGCUGUUUUCUUGGGUUUCUGGCAUCCGCUACUGCUCAACAGCAGACAAGAUUUCCACUUACAUUCAAUUCCAACACAAAGACUGACCUCUGCCCACCAACUAGGUUUCGCCAGGAUGAUCUACCAGGAUAUGACCUCAUUUCACAGUUCCAACUUGAUAAAGCUGCUUCCAGAGGCAUCAUCCAGCGUGUGGUGGGCUCCACAGCUUUACAAGUGGCUUACAAAUUAAGCACAAAUGUAGACUUCAGGAUCCCAACUAGGUCUUUGUAUCCUAAUGGAUUACCUAAUGAAUAUUCCAUUCUAACGACUUUUCGAAUGGCUGGAACUACUCUUCAGAAGUAUUGGAGCAUUUGGCAGGUUCUAGACUCUUCUGGAAAAGAGCAAGUUGGAUUGAAGUUUAAUGGGCAAGCCAAGUCUCUUGAGUACUCAUAUAAAGGGAUUGAUGGAAGUCUCCAAACAGCAACCUUUCUGGAUUUGCCGUAUCUCUUUGAUUCCCAGUGGCAUAAGGUUAUGGUUGGUAUAGAAAGGAGUGCUGUCACUCUUUAUGUUGACUGUACUCAGAUCCAGACUUUAGCCAUAAAACCAAGAGGAAAGAUCAACGUUGAUGGCUUUACCACACUGGGAAAACUGAAAGAUAACCCUCAAAUUUCAGUUCCGUUUGAGAUCCAGUGGAUGAUGAUUCAUUGUGACCCUCAACGACCCCAGAGAGAAACGUGCGGUGAACUUACAGCCCGGAGUUCGAUAAGCCAGACAGCCGCCAAGCUACAAUUCUAUGAAUCUGUGGUGGCCCUUAACUGCUGGCUCUCAACUUCUACUCCUUCCCCCUAUUUCUGGUAUGAUUUCUAUGCCUUCCUGCUCCACUGUCUUAUGUGCUCUUUUAUUUCUUGCCAGAGAGGCCCCCCAGGUCCACAAGGUCCCCCUGGCCCGCCAGGCCCCCCAGGAGUUCCUGGCAUCGACGGCAUCGACGGGGACAGAGGUCCAAAUGGGCCCGUGGGCCCUGCGGGUGCAGAUGGUGAACCAGGUAGACCAGGUGUCCCUGGACUGCCAGGAAUACCCGGGGCUGAUGGAUUGACAGGCCCGGAUGGAUCCCUAGGCCGUGCUGGUCCAAAAGGACAAAAGGGUGAACCCGGGUUGCCUGGAGGCCGUGGACUGCCUGGUAAAGGUAUUCCUGGAUCUCUAGGUCCUCCUGGUAUUGCAGGACUUCCUGGUGAAGUGGGCAGAGUUGGGCCACCUGGUGAUCCUGGAAAGAGAGGCCCUCCUGGAGUUCCAGGUCCCCCAGGCCCCAUGGGAACAGUUGGACUUCGUGAUGGAGAUCCACUGUGUCCCAAUUCUUGUCCACCUGGCCGAUCAGGAUAUGCUGGGCUAAUGGGCAUGAAGGGUCACAAAGGAGUAAAAGGAGAGGCUGGUGAACCAGGAAAGCAAGGCCAUAAGGGCGAGGAAGGUGAACAAGGAGGCGUAGGUGAUGUUGGCACUCAAGGCCCACCAGGACCUCAAGGGUUAAGAGGUAUAACUGGCAUAAUGGGACCCAAAGGUGACAAGGGUGCUCGGGGUCUUGAUGGUGAUCCUGGUCCCCGGGGUCUUCCUGGGCCCCCGGGCGAUCAAGGACAAAGAGGUUCAUUGGGAGAGGCAGGCCCCAAAGGCGAAAGAGGUCCUGAAGGUGUUAGAGGAAUUAGUGGUCUUCCUGGGCCUAAAGGAGAAAGUGGCUUACCGGGAGUUGAUGGCCGUGAAGGGAUCCCUGCCAUGCCAGGAGCAAAGGGUGAACCAGGAAAACCGGGCCCUCCAGGCGAUAUAGGAGUUCAGGGACUGCCAGGUUUACCAGGGUCUCCAGGAGCAAAAGGUGUUGCUGGACCGCAGGGUAAUGCAGGUCCUCCUGGGAUACCUGGCUUGAUGGGGAAUUCGGGUAAACCUGGAGAACAGGGGCCACAGGGAGAAAAAGGGCCCAUCGGACCCAGAGGCCCACCGGGUAGCAGAGGUGAGCUGGGUCCUGCUGGCCCUCCAGGUCCGCCAGGUAAAAUGGGUGGCGAAGGUGACCUAGGCCUCCCAGGUUUACCUGGGCCUCCAGGAUUGCCUGGUGCUACAGGUGACAGGGGUUUGGUUGGUGAGCCAGGACCUAAAGGAGAUCAAGGAGCUGCUGGUGGAGAAGGGGAGCCUGGACAAAGAGGCGAUCUUGGCGACAUGGGUUUGCCAGGCCCUAAAGGAUCUGUUGGGAAUCCUGGCGAACCUGGGUCACGUGGGCCUGAAGGAAGUCGCGGUUUGCCCGGGAUUGAAGGAUUACGUGGGCCCCCUGGACCUCGUGGCUUGCAAGGCCAACAAGGUGCAACAGGCCUGCCUGGCAGCCAGGGCCCAGCUGGCAGAGGGCCAACCGAUGCACACAUUAAGCAGGUUUGCAUGAGAGUGCUGCAAGAGCAACUGGCUCAACUGGCUGCCAGUCUUCGGAGGCCGGAGUUUGGUGCUCCAGGCCUCCCAGGCCGCCCUGGGCCACCGGGUUCCCCUGGGCCACCUGGAGACAAUGGCUUCCCAGGGCAGCUUGGGCUUCGGGGACUGCCUGGCCUUAAGGGUCCUUCUGGAAACAUUGGGCUGAAAGGCCCCAAAGGUGAAACAGGUGAAAAGGGGGAGAGAGGAUUCCCAGGUCGAGGACCCAAAGGCUUACCAGGCACAACAGGACUCCCAGGAGAACCAGGCAAACCCAGCUAUGGAACCGAUGGGCGAGAUGGCGACCGAGGCCCACCUGGAGCAGGUGGCCUACCGGGCAUUCCUGGGCCGCCGGGGCCCCCUGGCCCUCCUGGUUACUGUGAGCCAUCAGCAUGCACUGUGCAAGCAGGACUACGAGCGGACAAUGUGAAAGGGCCAUGAAAAGUGCAAAAGUUUGCCACGUGAGUGUUUGGCAACAGUGUGCUACCUGCACAUAUAUUUGACAACAGAGAGAAAACGGCAGAAGAGAUGCAUACAGUAAAAACGUAAGAGAAUUCUUCUAUCCAAGGCUUGACAAGACUUUGAAUGCACUGGUUGUCCCCUCUUCAACCUGUACAAACAGGUACAUGGCAACUAUUUUUUUAAAAGUGAUACCUGAUGGCUUUUCUUUUUUAUCAUGGUGAAAGGCCGCUGUGUCUUUUUUAAGACACCUUCCCCAAAUACUAUUAUUAUUUCUUUCUCCUCUUUGUAUUUGUACUGUAUGAAAGCAUCAGAGAGAAUGAUGUAAUUCAGUUGCCUUUCUCCAAGGCAACUGUACAAUUGUGGUUGUUUGCAUUCACCUUUUUCCAUGUAGCUUUCUCUAAUUUCAAAUACACAGACAUGGCCGCCAUGCAAAAACAUGUGAAAUGAUUUUGCACACUGAGAAGCUUCUGUAAGGGUGUGAAUGCCACGUUGCCGGUAAUAUAUCAUGUGAAGAAACUGCUACACAUAGAAAUUUUAAUUUUCUGUUCCAACAUGUAUUGAAUUCUGUUCAAAGCAACACUGUUGCCAACUCCACCACGUGUCAUAUCCGAAAUUAAACAAAGAGGCCAAAAAGUCACUGGUAAGGGAAUCCUAAUCUUUGGAAACAGCUAAGAUUUAUAGCCAAGUUUAUUUAUUUUAAAUGAUCCGAAGUCACAUCUCUGGUUGUAUAAAAGUUGAAAUAAAUAAUGUUUUUUAACCCCUUUGCAUUGUUUUGGUAUGAAUGGUAAACACAAAGAAAACAAAGGAGGUAAGCUUUAUUAGAAAAGUCCCGUUAUAGGUUUGGAUAAAAUUUCAUUUCUCAAGGAAACAAAGUGCAUUGUAUGAAUCAGUCUACUGUGUAAAUUUGUUUUUACAAUUUAUAUAUAUAUUCUUUGAUCUGUCAUCUUGAAAGACAAAAAUAAA